CCAGUGCAGGGAGCAGUCCCACACAGUGGUGUCUGAGUGAGUGUGAGCACAGUGAGAGUCAGAAACCUGUCAGGGUCGUGCUCAUGCCCCAGCAAGCAGUGCUUACCUAGCUCUGAGAGAUGAUGAAACUUUGCCUGUCUCUGGUUACUGUGCAGGCAUUGGGAUUAAUCUCUAUCUCCUAUGCUUUAAGGAAGAGACGUCAGAUUGAUUACUGGGGACCCUGGGGAGAGUGGGGAGAGUGCAGCCGGACGUGUGGGAUUGGAGUGACAUUCCGAGAUCGUCACUGUUAUUCUUAUCGGAGGGACGGAGGAAGCAGUUGCAUCGGCCCUUUCCGAAGUUACCGUUCUUGCAACAUUCAGGAUUGUCCAGAGGGUUUGAGAGAUUUCCGGGAGGAGCAGUGUUCUGCCUUUGAUGGAACAGAUUUCCAGGGGAAGCGAUACAAAUGGCUGCCAUAUUACGGAGCUGCCAAUAAGUGUGAGCUGAACUGCAUCCCCCAGGGUGAAAACUUUUAUUACCGACACAAGGAGGCGGUGAAGGACGGGACGCUAUGUGAACCAGGAAGUCGUAACAUCUGUGUUGACGGUGUCUGUAAGACGGUCGGUUGUGACAAUAUGCUGGAGUCAUCACAAGUUGAAGACAAAUGCCUGCAAUGUGGGGGAGAUGGCAGCAGCUGCUACGCAGUCAGGGGGACGUUUACUGCUGCCGACUUGCCUAUAGGUUACAACCAGAUCCACGUCAUUCCCAUUGGGACUACAAGUAUUCAUAUCCAAGAAGCAGUGCCCACAAGGAACUUCCUCGCAAUCAAGAAUGUGAGAGGCGAAUACUACCUGAACGGUCAUUGGACGAUCGACUACAGCCGGGCCCUGUACAUCGCCAACACGGUCAUCCACUAUGAGAGGGGAACAGAGGGGGACCUGGCCUCAGAGGUCAUCCAUGGCCGGGGACCCACAUCGGAACCCUUGAUACUGGAGAUUAUUAGCCAGGAGCCUAAUCAAGGGAUAGAAUAUGAAUAUUAUCUCUCACGAUACCACAAGCAGCCUGAAGGUUACUUCUGGAGUGUUGGCUCAUGGAGUCUGUGCAGCAAGGAAUGUGGAGGAGGCUACCAGACCCGGCUGGUGUUCUGCACCAUUGACAACGAGGCCUACCCGGACUAUCUGUGCAGGGACCAGGUCCGGCCCAGAUCCAACAAAACCUGCAACGCCCAGAGCUGCCCACGGACCAAACAGCUUUCAUUCAUACCCCAACCAAGUGUCUGGACCUCAAGCCAGUGCCUGACGCCGAGAGUUUACAGCUGGAAGACGACAGAGUGGAGUACGUGCUCGGUGACUUGUGGGAGAGGACAGCAGACCAGGUCUGUGUACUGCACCUUGUCGGAGCCAGGUCAAGUGGAAGUGGUUCGGGAUGACUCAGAGUGUGCUGCAGUGACAGCGAAGCCCCUCACACACCAGGCCUGCAACCUACUACAGUGUGCCAGCUGGCGGACCACUGACUGGACUGAGUGUUCGGUAUCGUGUGGUGAGGGUGUCCAGACGAGGUCAGUCUCCUGCGUGCUGGAGUCGGGAGGCCAGCUUCCAGAUUUUGUCUGCUUAGCUCAGACCAAGCCGCCCGCAGUCCGUGUUUGUCUGCUCAAUUCCUGCACAGACAACUUCUCCUGGUACAUCGGGACGUGGAGUGCAUGUUCAGUCACGUGUGGAGAGGGCAUACAGAACAGGCCGGUGUCCUGUAUGUCCCACUCAGGUGGGAAAGUGCCGGACUUUGCAUGCUCUGCUCAGCUGAAGCCCUCAUCCACCCAGUCCUGUGUCCCCGAUGACUGCAGCGAGUUCUUCUCCUGGCACGUGGGCGCCUGGGGUCUGUGCUCCAAGAGCUGUCAGACGGGAAAGCGGAGACGCCAGGUCAUCUGCUAUGACCAGGAUCGCAAACAUCAGGACCCGGAGAAAUGUGACCCGCGUGCCUAUCCCCGGGAGUUUGAGGAUUGUAACAGCCAGCCUUGCUUCCUGCCCCAAAAGGUGCCCAGCUUUCCAGAUCCGACCGGAUUUAACCCGGACGAGGACUUGUCGGCAUUCCCGAACGCUGGAUCUCCUCUGUUUCCGGGUGAGUCAUUGUCUGCCCUGGGCCACUAA